AUGGCCAAGAUCCAGCCCCUCCCUGCGGCCCCAUCGCCGCCGUCCUCCGAUGAUCACUGCCAGGGCCAGCGGGGCAAGCAGGCGUACACGGUGUGGAUGAAGUCGUUGGUCUUCAACGGCAACGGCUGCGCGGUGUACGGCCCCGAUGGCAGCGUUGCCUUCCGCGUCGACAACUACGGCUGCAGGGGCGGCCGCGAGGUAACACAGACGCCUGGGGAGGCCUUCCUGGGACGCAGCUGGAGAUGCUCUAAGCUCCCGGAGCUUUCUUUCUGGAAAAUAUGUCCAAUACCCGUUAUUAGCAGUCCCAGAGUUGUAGUUGCUGGUCUGCACAAACUUCCCUCUCAACCUCUCAGUUUUAUGAAGGGCGGGGCCGCCGUGGCGAUGCACGGCGGCGCGAGGACGUGCUACAGGAUCGACGGGUGCUCCGGCGCGCGCAAGCCCGAGUACAGAGUCCGCGGCGUGGAUGGCUCGGUCAUGGCGGAGGUGGCGCGGAAGCAGACGUCGGCCGGGGUGGUGCUGGGGGAGGACGUGCUGACGCUUACGGUGGCGCCGGAGGUGGAUCACCUGCUCGCCCUGGGCUUGGUCGUCGUGCGUGGCCUCAUCAACCGCUCCUUGUGA